GACUCGUUUAUGGCUCGACAGGACGGGAGAUCCCGAGGGCGUGGUGACCUGGAACUCGAGUGUCGCUCAUUACGCUUCUUCCAGGGCCUCGGAGUGGGCGGUCCAUUCUCGGCUUCAUCAUAAUUCCUUCGAUAAGAUUCUCAGAGUGGGAGGCAAUAUCGUGGCCGACCCAUUGUCCAUUCGUGCCGCCUUGCCUUGCUCUUGGACAUGUUCAGUGCCUUGGAGGACGCCCUUCGACUCGACCUCGAGAUCUUGCAGGACAGCGGCAACCACAUCCUCGUCGCGAACCUCACAAAAACGAUGAGCGCCUCCCCGAGAAUCCUAGACGUGGUGGCGUCCUUCCUGCCCUCCCCCGACAGCGCCCAGGUCAGUGUGGUGAUGCUGGUGCCCUCCUGGCGACCCGAUCCCUACCAGCACCACGAGACCCAGUUCGACUCCCGGUUCACUCUCACCUGCGGGUUGGACACGGGGCACCGCUACCGACACGCCACCGCCGAUUGCACCCUCACGACGCCGUCAGUUCGGGAAAAGAUCCUGCUGGAGUACCACCUGAUAGGCAGCGGGGGAUGCAAGGGCCUGGGCGCCUCCGUCGGGAUGUUCAACCGCACUUACCUGGCGGAGCAGAAGUCUUGCCUCAGCCCCAGCAGUAUCCAAGCCAGCCUCGCCCUCAAGACCGCCGGCCAACUGGAGGACGAGAUGGCCCUCCGCCUCGGCCUCGUGGACUCCCGUCGGGCCGAGAUGGACCUCCUCGACGCCGUCCACAUCAAGUUCCAACUCCACCCGCCGUUCCUGCUCCACGCCAUGGCCCACUCGCGCGGCACCAUGUGGAGUAGGUGGAGCGAUUUCAAGGACGGCAUCCAAGACGAACUGGACGACAUCAUCCGCACGGCCAAAUCGGUGACGAGGGCCAUGGCCACGGACCUGGACGUGAUGGACGGGUUGGCGCGGAUGGCCAGUCCUUCCCCCGCCCACAUGCUGGCCACGCACUCUCGCCACCAUGUUCUGAUGAUGGUGGAGGAGCUCAGGAACGACCAGCUGCUGAAGGACAUCGCGCAGUUGGCUCGGGCGUGCGUCGAUGUCACCAGUGUCAUGGUGGAAGCGACAGUCGCCUACAUCAGCCACAACUUCGGGGACUUGAUAUCCGAAGUGGUCGUGGGCGUGAGGGUGUGGACGGAGGCUGCGGUGACCAACGCGGGCUUCCUCCUCAUGCAGAUCAUCGAGGGACUGAAGGAGACGAUCUCGGCGACGGCGAACUUCGUCUCGGAUCUGCCACGGAUGGUGUUGGAUCAAGCCCUGUCAGUGCCCAUGGUGUCUGACGCUGUGGACUGGAUCAUGACAUAUGUGAGAUACGUCCAGGGUUCUAAGGUGUAUGCCUUCCUCACUACUGCCACAAGGACGACUGUACAUUACGUGCAUAAGCUCUUCUCCUUGGUGUAUCCUUGGAACGGGACGCCUUACUCCUCAGAAGUGGCUGCCGGCGUCUGGAACAUCUGGAUCCCGCUGCCAGAAUGCGGGCACUCCCUCUUCGACGUGUGGCACUUGCUCACUGGCAGCACGAGGGCGGCCCGGCAUCGACUGACCUUCCCUGCGGCAGUUCAGCGCUGGUGGCACCUGUUCACCCACCCCUCCGAGCUGUUCCAUCGAGUGGUCCCGCCGUUUACAGGUUACGGAGCGAUCGUCGGGGAGAACCACUUCAUCACCCUGGACGGCCUCACCUACGCCCUCACCCCGUCCUGCGCCCACGUCCUGGCCACCGACGCCCGCGGUGGCCUGUUCACUCUCGUCUCCAGCUUCAACGCGACGCAGAACAGGCGCGAGUACACUCUCUUCUUGGGAGACACAACUCUUAAGGUGUUGGCGGACUUGCAGGUGGAGGUGGACGGCGACCGCGUCCCUCUGCCCUACUCGAGCGCCGUCCUGAGUGUCAAGAGGGACCCCCAACUCCUCUCCCUCAGCGCCAAGGACAGCCUCGGACGCGACCUCGUGACGGUCUCCUGCUGGGACUCCUACCACGCCUGCGUCGUCGGGGUCAGCGGGUGGCUCCACGGGGACACUCGGGGCCUUCUGGGACACUACGACCUCGACCUCACCAACGAGCUCAUGAGGCCCAGCGGCGGGGUGGCCCUCAGCGGAGAGGUGUUCAGCCAGAGCUGGCAGGUGGGUGCCAACUGUUCGCCAGACCAAGUGUCGCUCGAAAUUCCUUCUAACAACCGAGCUCACCAUUUAUGUCGCAAGUUCCUCCUACACUACGGUUCUGCGGCGUUCCCAUGCCAUGACUACGUAGACGUCCAGCCCUUCUACAAGACCUGCGUCAGCCACCUGUCGCAGAUCCAGGAACGGAAGGGCAGACCAGGCCCGGCGGCGAGGAAGCGCGGCAUGGCCUCCCGCAGGAUGCCCCGUCGAGUCCUGCCACGCCGACCCCCAGGCGCUGCCGGAGAGCCCCCUCGCGUCUCCCGGAUGCCCGAGCACCGAGCCCCCCGCCCCAAGAUGAUCAACAACCUGCUCUUCCUCUACAACCAGGACUACGCCGAGGCCACCGGCGAGGAGAUGGAGGCCUCGUGCAACGUCUUGGCCGCCUACUCCAGCGUCUGCUCCAGGAACGACGUGAAGCUGCUGCCUCCCCGGCCCUGCGCACGGAAGGGGAAACUCUCCUAUGAAGAGCCGAUGACCCAGCCGCCAGAGUUGGACGUCGUGAUGCUGGUGGACGAGAAUACCUGCGACGACUUCAUCUACGAGCACCUGGUGGGUCCCUUACCUGGCGUCCUCAAGAGAAUAGCGCAGGGGAAGAAUGUCAGCGACGUCAAAAUGGGCCUCCUCGGCUACGGGUCCGGAGGCGGCGACCUCGUCUACUACUCGGCCUCCUCCUUCCUCUCCUCGGCUUCCCGGCUGAGGAAGACCCGCCCUCAGGACACCCAGCUCCCGAGGGCGUCCCUUCUGCAGGGUAUGAGGGCCAUUAGCCACUUCCCCUUCCGCCCAGGGUCCAUUAGGGUGGGUUUGGUGGUCCGGUGCAGCGACCAGGACCUUCCUCAGUUCACCGAGAGUCUCCCACGAGAGAUGGCUCGACGCCGGCUCUCCCUCUUCACCCUCACCCCUGACCUCCUCCUCUUUGACCCCAGGCGACCCAAGGCGGUCAGGAACACGAUAGGUGUGGACAGGUGGCACGUCUACAACCUCAGGAACGAGCGUCAUCACACCAAGGACUCCUGGAGUGUAAGGAAGCCGGACUCCAACGUGGCAAAACUGGCCUUCCAGAGCGGCGGCGGGGUAUUCACCGUGACGCCCCUGAGAGACGAAUCCAAAGCAGCUUACUACAUGAAACUCUUCAGGAAGGUCCUCAGCCGAGCCAUUGUCAAGGUCGUUCACAGCGCUGAGGACGACCGCUCCACCAGGCAGGCGUAGUAAAGGUCACGAAUAAAAAUAGAAGUGUCUGGCGAGAGAGAUUUUUGUUCGUUUUUGUUCAGAAUAUAAUUUUUUCUUCUUUUUUUGUCCAAUCUCGAGAGCAUCGAAGUAUCUAUCGCUAGGAAAAAAUAGAAGGGUCUGGCGAGAGUUUUUUCAUCAUUUUGUUCAGAAUAUAUAUAUAUUUUUUUUUUAUCCAGUCUCAA